AUGCCAUCGAAACCUGAAGACACAGUUUCUUUGACAAUGGGGAAUUUUAGACCUGAGCCUAGGAUCAAGUAACACCAAUAACUGGUUAGCGGAUAACUUAAAAAACACGUCACCUCACUGAGUUGUGCAUUUGAGCCCGCGAUACAGUCAUGUGGCACUGGCCAGCGAAUACCCUUUUUGAUAGCUGUCAAUUGACCAAAACAUGGAUGUCCACUGUCAACUUAAACACAGAUUGUAUAUGCCUUGGACGCCUAGCAGCCAAUCAGAGGGCGCGUACUUCUGUAGCCAUAUAAUAUAUGUCCUAUACUGCGGCCAAUAUUUACUAAUAAGAACAAAAUAAAUUACCGGAAAUGUUGUGUUGUCGUUACGACCUAUGCACGCUGUGUUGACCCAGUUUGAAAGUCAAACUUUUCAUGAACUGACACUAAUCCCUUAAAUAAAGUGCAUGAAAAGAUGGACGUUUGAAUCAGUAAAAGUCCGACAUGUAUAAUUUCGGUCGACCCAUUCGUUUCAAACGUCGACCGCUUGACCUUCCGUAUCUAAUGCAUAUAUUACUAAUGAUUUAUUUUCACUGGUAAGCAUUGUAAAUCAUUGUAAAUCGUGAAAAAAAUGAGUCCGAUUAAUAAAAUUCGACUUUUGAAUAAACCGUCGAACUUAUACCAUUUGGGUAUCAAAGGUUCGGUCAGCAUUUUCGUGAUCGAAACAUGUGAAAAGUUGAACGUUUGAACCGUGCAUUAAUGCCAUUGCAAACAAUUUAGCGUAAUGAUCACUCUUUUCACCUUCCUCGAAUGCCUUCAGGCCAGUGUUUCCCCGGAUUUCUAGUGCAACAAGACUGACAUUUACAACAUAUGGUUACAAAAUAAAUUUCCAGUCAGUUCUACUGCAUAUACGUCCUGGUCUCGCACUUAUUAACCCCUUAAGCUCCAAUAAUAUCAACAUGCACAUUCUCAAUAUUGUUCUUCAUACAAUUCUUAUAAUACCUCUGGAGAGAAUUUGUUUAAACAUCAAGGCAUUUCAUCUUGAGUGAUCAUUGCCUUCAUUCUCAUGACCUGUAUUUUUUAUUACACUGUGUUAUUGCUAGGAGAAAUCAUGAUGCUGGUCAUUAUUAGGGCUCUGAUGUUGAUUUAAGUUUUAUUGAGGAAGUUUGCUUGCUGUGUUCUUUAUGUCUAUAGAAAACAGCACACUGUAAAUGUUUAAAUAUAUCAUUUUUUGAUGAUCAUUUUGCAAAACGCACGUGAACAUAAACCCAAAAUUGACACAACCCACUUCAUACUUUUGUUUGUUCUUAUGACUAAUUCAUAUUUACCGUCGAAACAGAUUCUGCAAAGCUCAAUACAGAACUAAAAUCUUCCAGCGGGCGUGUGUUUGCAUAAUUACAUACAAAAGUAAUGUAAAGCUAUGGGGCUUUUUUGCGGACUAAAUUUCGAACGUGAAUACAUCAAUGUUUUGUUAAAUUCAUUAUUGUUAUGCGUAAUAAAACAAAUUGGAAAAUAACAUAAAUCAAUUUUGACCGGGGUACAUCAAGUUCGAAUGCUAUACAUCGAUGUUGUUUAGCAUAAAUCGCUUUUCCGAAUCAUUCGAGCGUGACCGUAUACAACUAAAAGAUGUUCAAUAAAACUAAAAGAUGAGGAAGCGGAAAUAGAAAUGACCGGAAGUCACAUAAAAGAAGAGGCCCCUGGAACUAACACUUCCAAUAUGGCGGAAAUAAAGACAGGAGAUUAGGUGAACCACACACGUUUGAAAAGCAUUAUGCAGGGUGCACGUAUUUGGUUGCCCAACAUCGAAGGAUUUUUUACAUCUUUGGGUAGGCUACUGGAAAGUGCAGAAGGGCAAAGGAACACUGCGGAAUUCCCCGGCGAUGCCUCGUUAUCUGAAACCUUGCAUUAAUUUCUUCCUCAGCGGAGGAAAAUUCCGCACUGCUACUGUUCUCCGCCCUAUUUGGGUUUCCCGAUUGCGUCUGUAAAUUAGUUACGGCAUGUAAGAUGGUGCGAACAAAAUCUUGGGCAAAUCUAGAUCUCGUGUUGUUUUCUGAGUUACUAUCCCGGUCUGACAUGUUGGUUAGAGAGAACAAACAUUGGCGAAAGCGCGGGAAAACUAACGUCAUUUGGACCGGACUUUAUUACUUCCUGUUUCCGGUCAUUUCUAUUUCCGCUUCCUCAUCUUUUAGUUUUAUUGAACAUCUUUUAGUUGUAUACGGUCACGCUCGAAUGAUUCGGAAAAGCGAUUUAUGCUAAACAACAUCGAUGCAUAGCAUUCGAACUUGAUGUACCCCGGUCGAAAUUGAUUUAUGUUAUUUUCCAAUUUGUAUUAUUACGCAUAACAAUAAUGAAUUUAACAAAACAUUGAUGUAUUCACGUUCGAAAUUUUGUCCGCAAAAAAGCCCCAUAUAAAGCACUAACACAAAUAACUUAAGCCUAAGCGAGUGCUACAAGUCUACGAAGACUAGAGACCUACAUCGUUUCAAAAUUCGAGUCUUCGAGACGGCCUAAACUAUAAUCCUCCAGGAGCAAGACAGAGAAUCAGAGAAUUCGCGAUUGGGUUGACAUUUUACGAAUCUUAAUUCCUAUUUAUAUUCACGACUAAGAGACGGGAAUGGGUGUGCAGCUCGAACUAUGGAGCCUGAGUAUUUAAUGCCGUCCAAAUAACAUACAAAGUUCAACGUCAUAACUAAAGAAUGGUACACAAAUAUUCCUAAAUAAAGUCACUCAGGCUAAACUAUUCACGUGCGCCGCCUGAUACGAAAACCCAAAAACCCAAUGGGAAAAAAUUGGGAACGUAUUCCCCAACCGAUACGGUCGCACAACCCCUGGGGGUUAAAGGUAAAAAAUCAAUCGAUAGAUGAAUAAAGUAAGAUAUAAAAAUAAAAUUUGAUAGUUCGAGAGAUGAAUGAGAUGAAUACAUUAUAACUGUCAAAACCUUAUAUACCUUACAACAAUAGAGUCAAUUAACGCCAUAGCGGCUCACGUGCGUUCAUACCAACAGGAAAGUAUUUACAUUCUCUGUCACUGCCACUACGUUUAGCUCCGCCGAAUGUAAAUACAUCACUUUUAGAUUGAUCAUCAAAAUAACCAUUCAGAAUACAUCUUGUAAUAUUUGGUGGUGUCGACGGAAGAUUACAAGAUGAUAGUAGCAUUGUGGUUUUGGUACUGCUGGGGAACUGUGGCCUCAUUCAAAAUCUCUGCCCCUUUGAAAUUUUACUGAAAAUUCAAAUAUAAACUACUAAAAAAUCAUCUUUGUUCUACGGAUGUGAAAGAGUGAGAAAGCCAACAUAUAAAAAACCAACACAUAAAAAAGCAAACAAACAACCCUACCAUUUUGUUGGAAAAUGGCUUGAUGCCAUGUCACAUGUCAUAUCUCCUAACCACACAUACCAACCAACUGUUAGCUCAAUUUGCUUAUAAUGCGUGUACCUAGGCGUCUACCUAGGCGUUGAUUUUAUAGUUUAUGUAUUUUUAAAUUUGUAAUUUAAAUUUGAUAAUCUGUUAAGGUCUACUUUAGCCAUUGGUGGUCAUUUUAUAUCAUUGAAUUUUUUAAUUUGAGCAAAGAAAAUAUAUCAAGGUACCUUCCAGAGGACACAAAUAACUGAGGAGGCCAAGAGUGUCAGCACGUUUCAGCACGAUUUGUGGCAUUACGUGAACAGGAAGUUAAAAAAAAAGUAAGUUUGCGGCUGGAUCGAUCUGAAUGAGUGCUAAACUUAGAAGACUCUUACCUGCUAUUCGGUCACGUAUGUCAACUUCUAAAAGGAUUUUUGAUUUGAGCCUUCUAUUUACGAUACUUUUUGGAGCGUAAAAAGUUAUUUAGAAUGAAUGCCGAGUUCAGGCUAAAGUAACUUAUUACAGCCAAAGUGCUCUUCAUGCCAAUGUUGAAGCUCUAUCCGAUUUUACGUUUAUUUCAUGAGUUCUAAAGCUGCAUUGUUUCAUUCUUGGUUUUUUAAUCCCUUUUUUAGCUAGCGAUACGUGCUCGAGCAAAUUUAAAACCGAUAAGGUUUAACUGUUUACUUGUACAACGAUAUUUCUCGCGUGCUUAAGCUUACGCGGAAGAUGAUUGUGGUAACCUAAAAAAAGGCCUUUUUUGCGGUAAACUGGCACGCACUGUUGGUCCUGGUAACGAAUUAAGUCAGUGGCGGAUCAGUGGAGGGACCCGGGAGCCCCCGUUAAGACCGCCCCCCCUCCUUAUACCAGGGUCAAAGUUGAUCUCUGUUGUUUGCAACUUCAAAAAUAAUGCUCAGGAGACACAUUUGCUUGUCUCAAAUUUCUGAUUUUGUCAUUUACAUGAAAUUUCUCUGAAACAGGCUUUAGUCCUGGGAAUUGGCACAUCACUUGAGUACAAAUGUGCCUAGAAACGAGUUAAAAAAUUUAAUUCAUUUAAGGGACAUGUCAAACGAAAAGGCUGAAUUGGCAGCAGUUCAAACAGUUCAAAGCAAACUAAUAUCGAAAAUCCGGGGGGUACUCCCUUAAAUAGGCUAUAUAGGUAUGUGUGGCACAAAAGGGUAUAGUUUUUUAGCCCUUCAAUUUUGGCCUGAAAUAGGGUAUGGUUUGUGCACUCUAGUCUUGAUUUAAGGGUCAGGUCUGAAAUAGGGUAUUGAAAAUCACAGAUUUGGUCUGAAAUAGGGUAAGGGUUUCAGGAAGCGUGCCGCACACCCCCACCUAAUUUUUCUGGUAUUCCUCCUCCCCGGGGGGUCCAAAACGCGUGCCUACGGACCGAUACAGUUUCACUGUUUACUUGUAUAUUCGAUAUGUGUAUAAUUAUAUAGUUUUAUAAAUGAAGGGGCAUGAAAAAAACGACAGCCACUAUUAAAUAGGCAGCAGUUCAGACAGUUCAAGGAAAACUGUCAAGAUGUCGAAAAUCAACCUGGUUUUUGUAGUCUUCGCGGUCCUUGCCUUUGUGUGUAUCACAGCUGGCAAGAACUGCGAGACCCUAAACGGCACAUGGUAUAAUCAGCGUGGAGACGAACUUUAUCUUGAACGCAAAAGUGACGGCAGACUUGUGGGUGAAUACAGGACUGAAGAACAAAGACAGAAUCGCUCAGCAGUGGCACACUCUGCUGCGCUGGGUGAGUACGUGAGAUUUUUCUUUGAUUUUCCUCUCUUUCCUUAUGAAUACACCACACUGAAAAUUAAAAAGAUCUGUUUCAGCUAAAAAAGAAGUACCAAUUUAGCCCCUCAGGCCUAAAGUCUGAUUUAAGCACUCCUUACAAGGUAUGUAAAAUAUCUGUUCGGAGAAGAAAAUAUUGCCCAGAAUUUUCUAUCACUAGAGGACGGCUAAAAAUUUCUAGAUAACCGUUCCAUUCAUGUACAAUUUUCGAAGCUUAUCUAAUAAAUCCCCUACGAUUUCCUCAAGUUUAAUAUUCACAUUUUACUUCCCAAGUCAGGCUAUUUUUCUGAGAAAAAAGGAAACCUAAGAUCUUCGGAUUCAAAAAUGUGGAGAGUCGGGAAUCAGAAAAUGUCUCACUUUCGUAAUACGUCAAAUUCCAUCUAAAAAUUUCGGGGAAGAAAUACUCAAGCCCUUAUAAUUUCGAAAAGACUCAAGUUCCCCUAGGAUGACCGAACAGAUACAAAUGUUAUAGCGCAUUCCUACAGCUCUAAAACUACUCUGUAUAGCCCAAAAAGUGUUUUCAAUGUAUUUAGCUGAUUUAGGAGGAAACUGUCGUUGGGUACCCCUGACAACAGCCCCAUCAAAAGCCUAUUCUAGCCCACGCUGAUGCCCAUUUCAACCCUUGGCAAAUCAGUGCUAUUAAAUGGACCGUGUUAGCCCUGAUAAAGGGAGUCACUAAAAAUUAGAGCCAAAAUCAGGACAGCAUUUUACUCACCGAACGACCCCAUUUUUAGGGCUAAAACAGAUCUAUCUGAUUUACAGCGUACAUACUAAUUAGGCCCAGUUAAGCCAAGCUGUGGUUGAUUUACCUCGGGCUCUUCACCCAUAUUACAUUUGAGGCCCUGUCAGUUCUGGUGACUUUGAUUGCAGUGUUAGAGAGCGGCUUACAUCACUGUAAAGAAUAACAACAGAUUCUAUUGUAUAGAUAGGCGAUUGUUUUCACUGUCACGCAACCAAAAAAAUACCUGAUACUCAGGUUAAUUGGAAACCGUCAAGUGGGAGAACGUCUUUGUGGCCCACAGUUUCUGAGUUAUUUACCGAAACGUUUCACGCACCUUCGGAGCUUUGUAUGGAGACGCUAUAUUGGUGUACCGUUUUGGUGCACCAAUUGAUGGUUUUCACGGUGACGUCAUCAGAUUGCAAAGUCAAAAAAGCGAGGUUUUACGAAUUCUUAUUUACACUAGGUUGAAGAUUAGUAGGAAAUACAUCUUUGUACAAGUUUCCAGCCCCGAAGCAUGUUUCAUUUCGAAAAUACAGCAGUUUGAAGUUCCGAGUUUUCACAGUGCGUGACACCAAAAGAGGAAUGCUAUCUCCUUGAAAAAAAGUCUCUCCUCUUGAUUUUCAGCAGUUUAACCAUUUCAAGUAUUAGAAGAUAUGUUUAUGCGCAAGUAUGCUAGUUCUCGAGUGAAAAGGAAGAGCUUUUAUAGAAAAAGUGAACUCCAGAUGUUUUUGUUGAUUUCCGGCGGCCAUAUUGGUGGACAGUUUCUGUCCACCAGUAUGGCGGCUCCAUACAAAGCUCUACAAAGGUGCGUGAAAUAUUUCGGUAACUAACUCAGAAACUGUGGGCCACAAAGACCUGAGACUUGGACAAAUUGUUUAUAUAUUAGUCUUUUAUAACAUUUCAUUUUCUUGGCUUCUUCCACUGGACGGUUUCAAAUGUAUUUUUUUGUGCCGUGUUUAUUGCGUGACAGUGAAAACGAAGAAUAUGGCCGCCGGAAAUCAACCAAAACAUGUGGAGGUCACUUUUUCUAUAAAAGCUCUUUCUUUUCAGUCGAGAACUAGCAUACGUGCGCAUAAACAUAUCUUCUAAUACUUGAAAUGGUUAUACUGCUGAAAAUCAAGAGGAGAGAGUUUUUUUUCAACGAGACAGCAUUCCUAUUUUGGUGUCACGCACUGUGAAAACUCGGACGUUCAAAUUACUAUAUUUUCGAAAUGAAACGUGCUUCGGUACUGGAAACUUGUACAAAGAUUUAUUUUUUGUUUAUCUUCAACCUGGUGUAAAUAAGAAUUCGUAAAACCUCGCUGAAAAUCAUCUAUAAAAGCUGUAGUCAUGCAGUUCAAUUUCUCGUGACCUGAUUUUCGACCUCCAGAUUUUGUUCACAUUUAAACCUUACGAUACCAAAUGAAUGCUUUUCGUUUGUACACUCUGUCAUUUUAAACUGUAAUAAAUGACCGAAGAUCCUUUAGUACCGAAAAUUCCCGGGGGAGGGGGGGUACUUGCUUACGAGAGGCUAAUGGAGCUAUAAAAGCGUUCAAAAAGGGGGUACUUUACCAUGGGGAAGAUUGUAAUAGAGGGCCAAAAAAUGACCCUCCAAUACUCGAGCCCGCGUUUUUAUUGGUCAAUAGGUGACCUUACAUGACGUACUUGCUGGGUUGUUUGCCACUCGCUUGGCUUGGUCGAUCGCUUGUCAGUUGUCAACCGUCGCGUGGUAGGUGCUGUGCUGCCGUUGUACCAUGCCAAAACGUUCUCCCGCAAAGAGAGAUUUUAGAGAUAACGGGGAGAGAAAAAUAAAAAGAGCAAAGAAAGUGCUUCUUCAUCAACCAGCAAAGUGGAUGAAGAUUUGGUAAGAUCUUUCUGUUUGUUUUCUGUUAUGGCACCCCUUUUCACCUUUUCUCGUAUUAGGGGUAAGCUCAUAUGAUUUCUUGUUCAACUUUUUUGGAAUGAAAAAAGCGUUUAAUUCACGAGGAAGCUAACAUAUUUUUUAUACUACUGAGUUGAUCAUCGUUAAAAAGGGAACAUGUUCUUUUUUCCAUGAUCGAGGGCAAGCUACCACGACAUAUGACAUGAAGAGCUUUGUUUUUGUACUAGCAUGAUUUGUAGUGAUAUUUGGCAUAAAUACCACGAGUGAUAUUUCGAAAUUGUUAUACGUAAUUUCAAAUUUGAGACAAUUUUGAAAUAUCACCCGUGGUAUUUAUGCCAAAUAUCAUGUACAAAUCAUGCUAUUAUUUGUUUAUACUACUACCUGCAAAAGGUUUGUAAUUUUCACAUGUAGGUAUUUCAAAUUAAGCUGAAAUACCACUGCUCUAAGCCAAUCAAAUUGCAGUAAUUUGUCAUGUGGUAGGGUAAGGCGUCUAAUCUGUCGAUUUCCAGGGUUUACCUCGUUGUAAGAACCUGUGAACUUUUUCUUUGUUUCGCACCUUUUGUUUUUCUGUAUUCUAUUGCAUUGACUUCUUUGUUUCCUCUGUUUACGUCACUUGUGAGUUUAACAGGUUCUUACACCGAGGAUGAGCUGAUUGCCAUUUAUGGAAAUCAAAAAGCAACCUUGAACUUUAGACCAUAACAAAUAAAUAUAUGGCAGCACUCCUUCAUACUUUAUCUAUCGAUAGUUGGCACUACAGCUGCCCCCGCUCUGUAUGUAUCGUGGUCGGUCAAUAGUCUUCUUGUUUGUGUAGCUCUUUAAAAAACAGAUUCAUAAUGGAUAUUUUCACACAUAUUGUUUCAUGCAGUGAUUCAGUUCGAUUUUAAAGCAGCUCAGAUCAAACCAUUCUCAGUUUCGAGAAUAUUUUAUUCUAAAAUAUAAGCAAAGAUUUGAUUAGAAGUUGUAAUUCUUCACUAUUUCUCUUUUACUUUUAAUUUGAAAUGUUUGAUCACAUUGCUCUUGGGUGUUCUAGUCAUUUAACUUUUAAGACAAUACGCUAAUGAGAAUUCGAUGAAGAGAAUUGUUUCAUUAUGAUGGAAAGAUAUCUGUUGAAGAGCAGUAUUCACCAUUUUGCAUUCCGCAAGAGAUACUGAAAGCAAAGUUUAUGCAACAAUAUUGGGAGGGGGCAGACAGACAAGGUGUAUUAGGGAAUGCAAAAAUAACAAAUACUUGUGGUUAUAUAAAUGUCACUUAAGAUUUGAACAAGUUGAGUAAUUCAUAAGUUUUUUGGCAAGUCUUAGUUACAUGUAGCUGAACCAUACAUUUAUAACAAAUAUGGAAACCUUGGAAGUUUAGCUCUGUGGAUUUGACCUUAAAGUGGAAAUCAAAGUUCUAUUGUAAGAUGAUACAAGAUAUUUUUAUUUCCUCAAAUACAAGCCAUCCCUUUAUUAACCACCUCCCUCAAAUACACCGAAUGCAAAUAUGGCGGACCUCUCGGCCGGCCCGGGUCUAGUUGCGCGAAAGCGAGGCUAGUGAGGCCUCAAGAGUUUUGUUUUGACUGCGCGGCUUAGCGAUUGAGUCGAUCGAUAUGUUUUGCUUCGAGCUGUUGCAUGCCUGAGGGCCACAAAAAAGAAGAUUUUACUCUAGCUGGAAUAGCCUUUAUUUCCCCGAGGUCUUUUCACAAAGAAAGUUAAAGAUUCAUGCGAUUCGGCGCGGCGAUGGGAAGCACUUCUUAACUGCGAAAGUAUGCUCGCUUCACUUGCUUUAGAUGAGAGGACUCACGAAAGUAUUUGAAUGAAAUAAUUUUCACAAGAGAUGGUGCUGUUCCAAGAUGUCUGCAUGGUCUGUUAUUUAUCCAAAAGAAGGUAAACAUUCUCGAGUACGGGAGCAUCCGCUGUGGACUGUAAGAUCUUUUAGAUUUCACGCUGAAAACAGCUGCAUUAAAAUAUAACAACAACAAUAACAAUCGCCUGUUAAUCCUACAAGCGUGGCCUGUGAAACUAUGUAAGAACCAGAAGAAAGCGACAUAUUUCAAGAACAGUCCUUGACCAAAGUGCACUGAAAAAACUAACAGAGGAACCGUUGCCAACUAAGAAAGUAAGAAGAAGGAAAAAGGUUCUGGCAGAGAAAGAGCGUGCAAGUAUUCGAGCAUUGUAUUUGACCUUGCGCGUGAUCACAGUUUAGCAACUUGUCGAAUGGUUUCGAGAUAAACUAACAGCGAUUUUCCAAAAAUUGCUUCUUUUAUGGCAUUGCUCAAUCUCUUAAACACAGGGUCGUGAAGACUGUGAAAACAUUCGGCCUUGUUGUCUGUCGUUGUGUCGAGCCCUGAGAGCGCCUAAAGAUUGGUAAGUCGCGACGGCGGAUUCACUCGUUCUCGAGGAUAUUUACCUUUCCUUGGUAGGAGAACGGACAAAGCAAACUUGAAACAGAACCAUGAAUCUUUCAGUUAUUCACCCAUUCUAAUAGUUUCGUGAGUCUUCUCUUCUGAAUGAAGUGAAGCGAGCUCACUUUCGUUCUUUUAACUCCGUAAUAGUAAAGUGCCUCCAUUCGCCGCGCCGAAUCGCUUGAAUCCAUUUCUUUCUUCGUAAAGAACCUUGGCAAAGCAAAAAUAAUCAACUUUCGUCUCUGCUGGACUUACAUCUCCUCUUUGAUGGCUCUUAAGCACGUAACAACUCGAAGGAAACCAUAUUGAUCGACUGAAUCGCUAAGACGCGCUGUCAAAACAAAACUAUCGAGGCCUCACUAGCCUCGCUUUCGCGCAACUAGACCCGGGCCGACCGAGAGAUCCGCCAUAUUUGCAUUCGGUGUAUAAGAAAAUCUUUUCUAGUAAUAGUUGACAAUACAGCUCCACCCCCUCUGUAUAUCGUCAGUCAAUAGUAUUCUUGGUCAUUGUGUAGCUCUUUGAAAUAUACCAAUUCAUGAUCAAAGAUUUUCACACAUAUUCUAUACAGAAGGUGAGAGUGAAAACAGUAAACAAAAGGUUCCAUGCACUGUUUCAGUUCGAUUUACACAGCUAUGAUCUGAAAGCAUUCUCUGUUUUGAGAAUAGUUUAUUUUUAACCAUUGCAAAAGAUUUAAUUAUUAGAGGUUAAAGUUUUACAAGAAGUUCAUUUUAUUUGCCUGAAAUUAAGCCUUAGAAAUUAAAAGGUUUGAUCAAUAAUUGCUCACAGAUGUCCUUCAGGGGAUUAAGUAUUAGAAAUGGCUAGAACAUGCCAAAGAGAUAGAGAAAGAGAUCAAAGAUCUGUGAACUUGUGUCUGGCAAACUAUCCAAGUGUUUAUAUACACGGUCAUACACACCUUAUAACCUCAUCUCCGCUUAACGAUGUAACAUUUCCCAAGCAUUCAUUAUAUAGAGGUGUUCGAUAUAGCAAACCCUCCACUUAACUAACACAUUUUCCCAGUCCCUUUGCAUGUUAAAUCGAGGUUCCACAAUGUACUUAAAUACUUUGAUCACUAAAACUCCUUUUAAACGAUAUCAUACAGCAGAGAAGUUGAUAACGGAUUUGUUGUUGUUCUUGUUGCAGGAAGACGAAAAGUGAUUAAUGAAAGAAGAUCAUUAAGAAAAAUAAAUAUCAAUAAAAAAUGGUGUAUUCAUUUGCAUUAAAAAAAACUUUUGAACGUCGUUUCUCCUUAGACAACAACCACUCGCACGUCCCAGCUCCUUACAGAGGCGUCUUCUCUAUUUUCUAAACAACCAUUUUUCGACUAGAUUCUGUUUUUUAAGAGCAGGGAAUUUUUAGAUAAAACUUCAUUGACAAUCAUUAUCAUGAACCUCUCUCAUAAUAUUGGGAAAGGCUUUUCGUUGUGCGUGGUUUGUAGAAUCUCGUUUUUGACUCUCUUUUACUGUUCAUUGUAAUUAUUGUUCUUUGAAAGUUCAUAUUUCAGUUUAUUUGUUGCUUUGGUGCAUGUAUGUUCUUUUUAUCCCCAUAUAACGGUGACGUGGGAUCCUAUUCACCACCGGUGUUUAGUUUUCUGUAAGCUAAAAAUAAAUUUAAGUAAAACCUUCAUACACCAAGAAGGGUGGCUUCAGAAAAGAAUAAGGCUCGAGGAUGAUAAUAGGUGGUAGAAAUGAAUAGUCUGUUGAACGCUGUGCUUCCUCUUCGACAACAACUAGUCAAACAUUAGAGAUCGUUACAAAGCUUUCUUCUCUAUUUUUAUAAAAACCAUUUUUCAAUCACUAUUGAUUUUAUUCACAUUGAAAUGUUGCGAGUUCUUAGGCUCAGUAAACCUUGUAACACAUUUCCUAAACUCCUUUUUGUUAUUGGAAAUGCUUUUCAUUGCGCGUGUUGACUAGAAUCUCGUUAUUGACCCUCUUUUAUCAUUCAUUGUUAUUCUUUAUUAUUAGUUAAUUUGUUGUUAUAACUUAAGAAUCAUCUUGUACAUUCGUGACCUUGUACUCAAAACCGUGACGUAAAAAGGCUCACACUCAGCCUCUCUCCAACAUCAAUAGCACAGCAUAAAAGGAAAUUUAAUUCUUCGUUAAGUUUUACGACAAGUGAUAUUGUAUACCGCAAGACCCAACCUAGAGAGAACAUUGGGGGAUCGAGGGGAGGGGCCUGGGCCAUUAUUUUUAGACCAGAAUGAGGCUCGAAGAGCAGAAAAUGUUAUUUUAGACUGGGUCCGCCACUACAGUAACAUCGAAAAGAAUGUGUCAGUUUGAAAGUAUCAGAAAAGUUCACGAAUUUUAUAGACGGUGUUCUCUUGAAAGGAAAUUUCUUUCUUCGUAAUGACCGAGUAUUUAAAAGUCGAUGAUUACGAAAACUAACGUUUUGGAAACCCAUAACCACCGGAUUGUAGCUUCCAGUAAGAUUUAACUAAAAAGACUAACGACUGCAUGGAUAAGAAAAGAUUAAAAAGACCUUCAUGACAACAAAAUAGGUCGCUUCGGACGAUCAGCCGAAGAUGAUAACAAGAAAAAAAAGACCAGUCACUUGAAUGCUGUUUUUCUAGUCAAACUGUUUCAACGAGUCAAACGUCUGAGCUCCUUACAAAGACAUUUCUCCAUUUUUUACAAAAACCGAAUUUCGAGUAGCUUUUCUCUUUUUUUUACGUUUAAUGAAUUCUUAGCAAAUAUUUGAAUCAAAAUAACCCAUAUAAAUUUGAUACUAGUAACGGGAAAGGCUUUUCCAUGGACAUGGUUAGUAGAACAUCGUUUAUGAUCCUCGUUUACCAUUCGUUGAAUUAUUCUGUGUAAGGCAAUCCAUGUUUCAGUUUAUUUGUUGUUACAAGGUCAACUAUUCUCGAACUUGCUUUGGUGCGUGUAAUUUUUUAGCCGUAUAUAACGGUGACGUGGGAGUGUCGACAUUCUUUCCAGAAUAAGAAACUACAAAAAGACAUCUACCGAUGAAAAGCAAAACAGACGAUUUCGAUGCCUAAUCACCACCUGUGUUUUUCUUUCUGUAUGCUUGAAAUAAAUUUAAAUAAAACCUUCAUACACCAAGAAAGAUGACUUCAGAAAAGAAAAAGGCCCGAAGAUGAUUAUUGGCGAUAGAAAACAAUAGUCUCUUGACCGUUAUGCUUCCUCUGACAACCACGAGUCAAACGUUUGUGCUCCUUUUUAAGGUAUCUUCUAGAUUUUCCUAAAAACCAUAUUUCGACCAGAAACGACCUUACUCACAUUCAAAUGUAGCAAAUUCUUAGGCUAAACCGUGAAAGACCAACUUUCUAAACUCCUUUUUUAUUAAUGGAAAGGCUUUUCGUUGCGCGUGGUAGGUAGAGUCUCCUUUUUGACCCUCCUUUACCAUUCAUCAUAUUAUCCUUAAGCUUUUACCAUUCAUUGUUUUAUUCUUUAGAACUUUAUUUUUUAGCUUAUUUGUUGCUAUAACGUAAGAGUUAUCUUGUACAUGCGUGACCUUGGUAUCCGCUCAAAACUGUUAAAAGGGUCCACACUCUUUCCAACAUCAAUAGCACAGCAUAAAGGGAAACCAAAGUGUCUCGGUUAAGUUGUGGACAACCAAUAUUGUACGCCGCUUUGACUAAAACUAAACCUAACCUAGAGAAUACUAGAGACGAAUUACAGCAUGUCGCAGUUUAAAAGUAUCAAAAAAUGAUGCCUUUAAAAAUGGUGUUCUCUUAAAAGAAUUUUUUUUUUCGACAUGACCGAGUAUUUUGAAGUCAAUGAUUAAGAAAACUAACAUUUUGGGAAGUAACCUAUUCACCAACAGAGUUGAGCUUUCUGUAAUCUUUAACAGGAAGACUAGCUGUUGAUUGCAUGGAUGAGAAAAAAAAUUAAAAACCCUUAAUACACUAAGACGGUUAGCUUCAAUUCGGAGAAGAAUACGACCGGUCCAAGAUGAUAACUAGUGGUAAAAAUUUAGAACAUGCAGUCAGUUAAAUGCUUUUUUUCUAGUCAAACUGUUUCAACGAGUCAAACGUCUGAGUUCCUUACAAAGACAUCUUCUAAAUUUUCUUAAAAACCGUGUUUCGAGUAGCUUUUCUCUUUUUUAUACGUUUGGUGAAUUCUUAACGAAAUCUUUGAAAAUAACUCAUUUAAUUUGUUACUAAUAACGGGAAAGGCUUUUCAACGGACGUGGUUAGUUCAUUGAAUUAUUCUGUGUAGGGCAAUCCAUGUUUCAGUUUAUUUGUUGUUACAAGGUGAACUAAUCUUGAACUUGCUUUGAUGCGUGUAUUUUUUAUCAGUACUUACCGGUGGCGUAGGAGUGUCGACAUUCUUUCCAGAAUAAGAAACUAUGAAAAGAAAGAUCGAUUUAGACGCCUAACAACCGCCGGUGUUUUUCUUUCCGUAUGCUUAAAAUAAAUUUAAGUACAACCUUCAUACUCAACAUUCAACAUUCAACAUUCAACAAGAGAGGAAUAUGUCCUACGACUGGACAAAGAUGGCCAAUGUAACGUGUCACAACGCUCUUCAUAAGACAUAUCACCUCUUUUUUGCCUAAGAGCUAAUCUUGACGCGCGUCUUUGCACGCUCUCUAUUGCAUGAAUAUCUUUGACAAGAUGUGGGUUCCAGACUGGAGCAGCAUACUCUAGAAGUUCUCGAUUUUCCUAAAAAACAUAUUUCGACGCGAGAAUUGACCUUAUUCACAUUCAAAUGUAGCAAUUUUAUAGGCUAAACUGUGAAAGAUCAAUUUCCUAAACUCCUUUUUUAUUAAUGGGAAAGGCUUUUCGUUGCGCGCGGUACGUAGAGUCACCUUUUUGACCCUAUUUUACCAUUCAUCAAAUUAUUCUUAAAUUUUUACCGUUGACUGUAUUAUUCUUUAGAACUUUACUUUUCAUCUUAUUUGUUGCUUUAACGGAAAAGAGAUAUCUUGUGCUGCGUGGCCUUGGCAUCAGCUGAAAACCGUGGUAAACGGGUCCACACUCUUUCCAACAUCCAUAGCACAGCAUAAAGGAAUUAAAUCAAAGUGUCUCCGUUAAUUUGAGGACAAGCAAUAUUGUACGCCGCUUUGACUAAAGCGGGAUCCAACCUAGAGAGUACUAGCGACGAACUAUAGCAUGUCGCAGUUUGAAAGCUUAUCAAAAAGUGAUGCCUUUAAAAAUGGUGUUCUCUGGAAAGAAUUUCUUUUUUCCACAUGACCGAGUAUUUUGAAGUCAAUGAUUAAGAAAACUAACGUUUUGGAAAGUAACCUUUUUACCACCAGUUUUUAGCUUUCUGUUAUCUUUAACAGAAAGACUGUUGAUUGCAUGGUUGAGAAUAAACAUUAAAAAUUCUUAAUACACAAAGACGGUUUCCUUCGGAGAAGAAUACGAACGGUCAAAGAUGAUAACUAGUGGUAAAAGAGAACAGUCGGUUGAAUGAUGUUUUUCUAUUCUACUCAAACUGUUUCAACGAGUCAAACGUCUGAACUCCUCCAUUUUCUGAAAAACCUGUUGCAAAAAGCAUUUCUCUUUUGUAUACGUUUGGUCAAUUCUUAGCGAAAUCUUUGAAAAUAACCCAUUUAAAUUUGUUAUUAAUAACAGAAAAGGCUUUUCAAUGGACGUGGUUAGUAGAACCUCGUUUAUGAUCCUCCUUCACCAUUCAUUGAAUUAUUCUGUGUAAAUCAAUCCAUAUUUUAGUUUAUUUGUUAUUACAAGGUAAAAGAAGUUGAACUUGCUUUGAUGCGUGUACUUUUUAUCCGCAUAUAACGGUGACGUGGGUGUGUGGACAUUCUUUCCAGGAUAAAAAACUGUGAAAAGAAAUCUACUGAUAAAAAGAAAAACUAACGAUUUCGACACCUAAUCACCACCGAUGUUUACCUUUCUGUAAGCUUGAAGUAAAUUUAAAUGAAGGCUUUAUACACCAAGAAGGGCGGCUUCGGGAAAGAACAAAGCCCGAAGAUGAAACUAGGUGGUAGAAAAGAAUAGUGACUGUCUGUUGAACGUUGUGCUUCCUUUGACAACAACGAUCUAAACGUUCGAGCUGCUUACAAAGCUAUCUACCCGAUUUUCCUAAAAAACAUAUUUCAACGAGAAUUGAAAUUAUUCAGGCAUUCAAAUGUAGCAAUUUUUUAGGCUAAACUGUAAAAGAUCAAUUUCCUUUAAAACUCCUUUUUAAUUAAUGGGAAAGGCUUUUCGUGGCGCGCGGUACGUAGAGUCACCUUUUUUACCCUAUUUUACCAUUCAUCAAAUUAUUCUCAAGUUUUCACCAUUCAUUGUAUAUAUUCUUUAGAACUUUAGUUUUGAGCUUAUUUGUUGGUAUAACGGAAGAGAUAUCUUGGGCAUGCUUGACCUUGGCAUCAGCUGAAAACCGUGGUAAACGGGUCCACACACUUUUCAACAUCAAUAGCACAGCAUAAAGGGAAAUCAAAGUGUCUCCGUUAAGUUAAGGACAGCAAUAUUGUACACCGCUUUGACUAAAGCGGGAUCCAACCUAGAGAGUACUAGCGACGAACUAUAGCAUGUCGCAGUUUGAAAGCUUAUCAAAAAAUGAUUCCUUUAAAAAUGGUGUUCUCUGGAAAGAAUUUCUUUUUUCCACAUGACCGAGUAUUUUGAAGUCAAUGAUUAAGAAAACUAACGUUUUGGAAAGUAACCUUUUUACCACCAGUUUUUAGCUUUCUGUUAUCUUUAACAGAAAGACUGUUGAUUGCAUGGUUGAGAAUAAACAUUAAAAAUUCUUGAUACACAGAGACGGUUUCCUUCGGAGAAGAAUACGAACGGUCAAAGAUGAUAACUAGUGGUAAAAUAGAACAUUCGGCUAAAUGCUGUUUUUCUAUUCUACUCAAACCGUUUCAAGGAGUCAAACAUCUGAACUCUUCCAUUUUCUGAAAAACCGUGUUGGGAGAAGCAUUUCUCUUUUGUAUACGUUUGGUGAAUUCUUAGCGAAAUCUUUGAAAAUAACCCAUUUAAAUUUGUUACUAAUAACGGAAAAGGCUUCUUAAUGGGCGUGGUUAAUAGAACCUCGUUUAUGAUCCUCCUUCACCUUCCACUGAAUUAUUCUGUGUGAAUCAAUCCAUAUCUUAGUUUUUUUGUUAUUAGAAGGUAAAAGAAGUUGAACUUGCUUUGAUGCGUGUACUUUUUAUCCGCAUAUAUAACGGUGACUUGGGUGUGUGGACAUUCUUUCCAGGACUGGAAACUGUGAAAAGAAAUCCACCGAUAAAAAGAAAAACUAACGAUUUUGACACCUAAUCACCACCGAUGUUUACCUUUCUGUAAGCUUGAAGUAAAUUUAAAUGAAACAUUUAUACACCAAGAAGGGUGGUUUCGGGAAAGAAUAAGGCCCGAAGAUGAUACUCGGUGUUAGAAAAGAAUAGUGACUGUCUGUUGAACGUUGUGCUUCCUUUGACAACAACGAUUUAAACGUUCGAGCUGCUUACAAAGCUAUCUUCUCGAUUUUCAUAAAAAAACAUAUUUCGACGAGAAUUGACCUUAUUUACAUUCAAAUGUAGCAAUUUUUUAGGCUAAACUGUGAAAGAUCUAUUUCCUUUAAAACUUUUCGUGGCGCGGUACGUAGAGUCACAUUUUUGACCCUCUUUUACCAUUCAUCAUACUAUUCUCAGGUUAGCAUUCAUUGUAUUAUUCUUUAGAAUUUUAUUUUUUAGCUCGUAUUUAUUUCUAUAACUUAACAGUUAUCUUUUACAUGCGUGACCUAGGUAUCCGCUGAAAGCCGUGGUAAACGGGUCCACACUCUGUCCAACAUCAUUAGCACAGCAUAAAGUUAUUAAAGUGUUUCCGUUAGGUUGAGGACAAGCAAUAUUGUACGCCGCUUUGACUAAAGCGGGAUCCACCCUAGAGAGUACUAGCGACGAAUUAUAGCAUGUCGCAGUUUGAAAGUGUCAAAAAAUGAUUCCUUUAAAAACGGUUUUCUCUUGAAAGAAUUUUUUGUUUUGAAAUGACCGAGUAUUUUGAAGUCAAUGAUUAAGAAAACUAUUAUUUUGGAAAGUAACCUUUUUACCACAAGAGUUUUGCUCUAUAACCAGAGUAUAAUACCAUCAACUGACGUGAUACAACUUACCUUGACUCUGAAUUCGAAGAUGACCGCACAGGUUGUCGAAACAUUAGUCAUGCAAUGUCAACAACAAAGUUCUAUUCAGGACUACGUUUACUCGGACGAUGAAACUCAACCUACUUUUGAAAUGACUCCUGGAUUUAAACCUUUCACAUGAUAAUUAGUGGUAGAAAAGAAUACAGUCGAACCUCUCGGUAUGGACACCUCUCUAAUACGGACUCCUCUCUAUUACGGAGAGUUUCCAAUGUCCCGAGAAAUUCUCAUAUAUUUUAAAAAACCUCCAUAAUACCGACUCUCUCUAAUACGGACAACGGACACGAAAUCUCGUCCCCAGAGAGUAAUUUCAUAUAAACUUAACCUCUUUAUUACGGAUACUACUGUGAUCAGGUGCUGACCCCGAAUCCCGAUCAGGUGAAUCUGCACAGGGUGAAUCUCGUUUAUGACCCUCUUUUACCAUUCUUUGUAUUAUUCUUUAAAACAAUGUUUGCCAGCUUUUUUAACUUAAGAAUCAUCUUGUACAAGUGUGACCUUGGUACCCACUUAAAAUCGUGCCGUAAAAAAAUAAAGGGUCGACAAUCUUUCCAACAUCAAUCACUAAAAGGAAAUUAAAUUGUAUUUUAUCAGUUUGAUUACAAGCAAUAUUGUACGCCAAUUCGACUUAAGCAGGACCCAUUUUCUUUUCGAAGAAUUAUAGCAUGUCUCAUUUUGUUAGUAUUAAAAGUUCAUGUCUUUAAAAAAAGUGUUUUUUGAAAGAAAAUCUAUUUUUUGACAUGAUUUAGUAGGUUUAAGUCAAUAAUUAUAAGCACAACUAACGUUUUGGAAACCUGUUCACCACCGGAGUUUAGCUUUCUAAAGAGCUUUAGCAGAAUUGACUAUCGAUUACAUCGGACAAAAUUCAAAACACCUUUCAUAGAAGAGGGGUGGCUUCAGAGAAGAGUAAGUCCGGUCGAAGAUGAUAACUGGUAGUAAAAAAUAUCAUAAUAAGAUUCCAACACCCUUUUAUUUUUCAUUCUUUGAUUAACUUUUACAAAUAUUUGUGUGAACCUUUUUAUCACAUAAAACGAGAAGGUAAGACGUCCUUUUUUGGCUUCAUAAGCCAUUGGAAAAGUUGUUUUGGUCAGUUUGCCAACGGCAAGAAAAUCUACAUCGACUCAAGUUUGCACCCAAAAUCAGAUAUUCAUUAUUUGAAAAAGGUUCUUUUGAAGGAAAGACUCCAUCCAUGACAUCUACUAAGUUACUAUGGGCAUUUCACUUCAUUCUGCUGCCUAAGUAGGUGACAGCGCUGUUUUAUUUUUAUUCCGUCAUUGAGAUCCGAGCCAACAGGGGUUAAUAAGGCGGCGCAGUGAGUAGAAGGAGUCUUUAUAACAUCAGUGGCUUUCUUACGAGUGACUGCAAAUAAAACCGUACAGAGAUGGCUAAGACGGCUUAGGACACGUUUUGGUUACCUUUUUCUUAGGCCGAAAGUCGAGACAGCUGACUAAAACAAAGGAAGAGCGUAGCAAUUAAAAUUAGCCCAGGUAAUACUGAAAGCAUCAACAGCUGUGGCACCAGGUUCUCGAUGCCAUGAAACUAAACUAUCAGACUUGGCAUUAAGCCUUGAUGCAAUAAAAAGUAGAUUACAUGAACGAAGGUCAAGCCUGCCUGAGGUCAUUAACUUUUGAGACCACUCCAAGUAAGAUGGAUCAAGUAAGGUCUACGGCCAAUGGUCUCAAUCAUCCAUAAACCUGUCCCAAGACCACUUUCUGAUAAACAAUGGGACCAAGAGGCAAUUCUAAAGGAUAAAUCCAGAUUGGUAACGGGAGAAUGAUUUUAGCCAUUGCUGCACCAUGGUGGUUCGGUGACAGAUUUGCACGUUAACUACACCACGGAUACGAAAUACUGCAAAAUCACCAUUCAGAAACUAAAAGAACAGCUCAUAUCACUAAAAAGUUUAGGUUGUUUCGUGUAAUGCGUGAUAAAAUAGUUUGUGGGUCCUAGAGAGUCGAUUAUAUACGAUUUUAAAAGGUGGUAUUCCACAGUGCUAUGAAUUGCCCUCUAUUACAACGUUCCCCAUGGUAUUGUACCCUAUUUUUGACUGCUUUCUUAAGUGGCUAAUGGGGAUGUGCUGCUGAAUGGUGUCGCAUUUUCACGACUGGAUUGUGGUCGCAAAUUUUUAGAUGUUGGGGUAAGAAAGUUCUUUAUAUUUACGGUUAGCAAACGUACCAGAAUGUUUGUACUGUAGGUGAAAAGUAAAGUGUUCUUCAUUCAAUCUAAAAAAACGGGCAGUUAAUUUUAGGAUGACCUAUUUAAAGGAUUGGUAAGGAAGAUACAUAAAUAGAAAGACUAUCUCCGACUUGUUUCAAGCAUGAUUUUUGAACCCCGUUACUGUUUCUUAUGAAAAUAAGUUUCAUGUACACUCGAACUUUCCUGUCAUGAGGAUAACAGAAUUCUACAAACCCGGAAAAUGCCAAAUUUAACAAAGAUUUGGAAUUUUUUCUGAGAUAUUCCGAUGCGAAACAACAAAAAACGAGAUCAGUAUCCAGAUAGAUCCAAAAACACCGCAUUGAUGUUACUUGUAAACACUGGCAAACCUGACGGCGCGAAGCUUGAAUGCAAAAGACCGACCCUGUUGUUUGUUUUUUUGUUUCUUUUUUUUGCAGAUUGACCCGAAACAGGGUUUUAUUCGGUUCAAUCAAGAAAUACUUAACUUCACUUAUUCAUUACAUAGGUACUGCACCUUUUAAUCAUGACAACACCGAAAGCGUCUUUGGAUUUGCAAUAGUCUGGCAAAACGGUACUUCGACAACUGUGUGGACAGCUCAGUGUUUGGUGUGCGUUGAUGGGCAUGAAAAAAUUUUUACCUCCUGGUUAGAGCGAUUCACUGUGGGUUCACGGAAAGAAAUUUCGAAAUCAACCAGAAUUGGGAAAGACACUUUCACACGAUUUGAGCAACAAAACUCUGCAAACUGGUAUGAAUCAAGCUCAGUGUCACCUCCGACUGUCCGAACAAACAUCAAGAUCUGGGACACUGAUGUAAAAUCUAAACCUUGCAGUAUAAGUGGUACCUGGUAUAAUCAGUUGGGCUCCGAGACGAUCUUAAACCAGAAAAAUGAUGGCAUCAUUGAGGGAGAGUACCGUACUGGUGUUGAGCGAAAACCAGGCUCAGCUGGGAAGAGCUUCUCGAAGGUGUUGGGGAUCGGACAAGUUGGUGGCCCUAGCAGCACUCUGCCAUUGAUGGUUGUCUGGAAAGGUGGCGAAUCUGUGACUGGGUGGCUUGCGCAGUGCUUCAUCGACGGAGAAAACAAGACAGAGAUCGUGGAAACCGCCUGGUUGCUGAGAGCCAAGGUUGACACAUGCUUAGACACCUGGAAGUCGACGAUGUUUGGCCAGGAUACCUUCACACGCACUGAGCAGAGGGCAGGGCCUAGAAAGAAAGAUAACAAGCAUGUACCACUAGACAGGAAAACCCAGGGUGAAAAACAGCAAAUCACAUGCGGAGGAGGAGGUCAGCAUUAUUUCAACUCUUUCGCAUUCUUGAAUUUGAUUUUGAUCAAUUCUUUAGCCCAGUGGUUGAAAUAAAGGCUUAAUCCUUCGAAACAGGACAAAACAUUUAACGCAGCAUGCAGGGCUUGAAUAAGACUAAUGUUAUUAGUGUAGUCUUAGAUUCUAUUGUUAAGAGAGCUAAAAAAUGUCUCACACCGAUUAUAAAACUCCCGACCUAGGACGUAGCUUACACCAUGCUAAGGCCAUAAACUACUUGGAACACUGCCUCAUGGUCAUUACUUAUUGCAACUCAGUCUACGAUAUUACCGGUGAACUGCAUGAUUGUGUUGAUUUGAGCAGUUCAUGCUAUAUGUUCUAGACUAAUUAAAACCUCCUUUAAGCUCCUUUUCUCUUACAUUUGGCACGUUUACUGGUGACUUUAAAUUCUAAUUUUUACCCCUGACUGUACUGGCUAAAGAAAUUUGUCUUUCAGUCUUAUCUGUGGUUGACGGUUGUAGCCGAUCCACAACAACCUCUUUGUUCUUUUCAGAGCUUUAGCUGCUUUUAUACUGUCCUUCUGAUGUGAAAGACCAUGCUAGAGAACGUUUCUACUGCUUUACAACACUAAACCUCUACGAUAUGGCUGAAUGCCUCGGGGAUCGAAAGACCUUUUUGCAAGACGUCCCAUUCCUUAAUGGCUUGGUAUUAUAG